UUUUCCCCGCAGUGUACGUAUUUAUUAUUUUUAAACGAUAAUUUAUGACUAAAGAUGCAAAAGUUUUUUCGAAUUCAUAAAUUGUAAACAUAAAUAAUUAUUGAAUAAAUCAAAAUAUUAAAACAGUUUCAGAUUCAGGGAUUACGUGAACAAAUUAAGUGGUUUAUCGAGUUUAUGGAGCUCUGCAUCAUGUCUUUUCAAUAAAAACGCUUUCCGAUUCUUUUUUUUUUUUUUUUUUUUUUUUUUUAUGCUUAGAAUCGGCCGGGUUGUUUCUUUAAUAAAUCCAUCAGAUAUGGACCGAAUAGUACUAUGUAACAGACAAUAAUAUAAUACAAUGAUAGAAAGGUCAAAAGCAGCAUUAGAUCAGAUGAUAUUGCAGUAAAUACUGAAAUAUUUUACAAGUGUCUACAUGCUUAAAAAUUUUACAUUUUAAUUCUUUUCACUUUUACAGGCUUCUUACCCGCAUUCGAUGGAACGGCUAGGGGCAAUUAUGGUUUAAUGGAUCAAGUAGCAGCACUGCACUGGAUUCAAGAAAAUAUUGCAGAAUUCGGAGGAGACGCGAACAACGUUACGUUGUUCGGUCAAGGACAUGGAGCCGCUUGUGUAAAUUUUCUCAUGAUAUCUCCUAUGGCAAGAGGCCUAUUCCAAAGAGCCAUCAUGCAGAGUGGUUCAGCAUUCAGUCCAUGGGCACUGGCUCGCGAUGCAGCAACUCACACAAGAUACUUGGCAUCAGUUUUGGAUUGUCCAACCCGUGACAACACGGCUCUUGUGGAUUGCAUUAGGCAGCGUUCCAUAACGGAUAUCAUGAGAGUUCAGCUGGAUGUUCCCGAUUACCUGACAGCUUUUGGUCCUACCAUCGAUGGCAUUGUCAUCCCUAAUGAACCUGCCGUCUUAAUGAAAAACUACAAGGAUCUUUACGGGCAGUAUGACUUGUUGUUUGGUGUGACGCGUGUGGAAUCUUACUUCAGAUUCUCAGCACAUGAGGAAAAGUUCGGCAUCGACUCAGUUCGAAGGGAUCGAAUUUUUAGAACAUUAGUUCGCAAUGUGUUCACAUUUCAUCUUCAGGAGAUAUAUCUAACCAUCCUUAAUGAGUAUACAGACUGGCUGCAUCCAGAACAACAUCCACUAAAUAUAUUUGAGACCACCGUCGAUGCACUCUCCGAUGUCCUAACGGUCGCACCUAUGCUCAAAGCCGGAAAUUACCAUUCAAUGGCUCACACAUCAAAAACAUUUUUCUAUGUCUUUGAUCACCAAACAGAAGAGAGUGACUAUUCUCCAAGAAUGGGUUGUGUCUCGGGAGAGGAAAUGAAUUACAUUUUUGGAGCUCCUCUCGUCUCCAGUUUAUCACAUUUUAGCGCUAAUUACACCAGAUCUGAAUAUUCUUUAGCAAGAGCUGUAAUGACGUACUGGACUAAUUUCGCCAAGAACGGGGAUCCAAAUGUAAUUUUCUCAGAUGACGAUGAAAAUAUCGAUGACAGAGAUUCAACUCGUUAUAACACACUGAACUGGCCUCAGUACGAUAGGCUACAUCAAAGAUAUAUAUUCAUCGGUCUGAAAUCUAAGAUUCGGGACCACUAUCAUUCUCAUCGUUUAUCAUUCUGGUUACAUCUCAUCCCUUCACUCAACAGACCAGGUGAAGGUAAUCUGAGCUACGAACAUCAUAUGCUGGAGGACCACAACAAUCUUCGCACGUAUGACGGCAAAGUGCGGGACAUCCCUUCUGACCUUUCUCGCGUCACUUCAGAGGAAGUGUUUUACCCUCCGCCUUUACCCUUACCCACAGUAGCACCAACACAGCAGUCGACAACUAACAUUAUAGACAGUACUACUCACCAAAACAAGGCGAUGGUCAAGCUCAACAACUUGCCUUCAGGUUUUACUGUUCUAGAUGGCGUGGAAAAUAGUACUGUUUUAGAAGAAGGUGGGACAACAUCUGUGUCUAUCUUUGAGAGGACUACAGUAGGAUCACCUAGUGCUUUUGAUAUGGGUGUUUAUUCGACUGCUUUAAGUGUCACAAUAGCUGUUGGGUGCUCCUUGCUCAUUCUGAAUGUGCUCAUAUUUGCCGGUGUUUAUUAUCAAAGGGACAGAAAUAGGAUGGAACUAGCACUUCAAAAAGCAAAUUUUCAACAACAACAGCAGCAAAUGGGUAAUAGGGUGGACGCCGGUAACGCCAUAGAACCAGGUACUGUAACUCAGAGUGGAGGCACAAAGCAACACCCUGUAAGAGCCCCUCCUCCAUCACCUGUUGGUCAAUACUUGCAAGUUCAAGACUUUACCUAUCCUAGCAUGAAUCCUGCACACUAUUUAAAUUCUUUGCCACCCAAGCACCAUCAAGGAAUUGCAGUGAUGGGACCUCCAUCAGUGACCAAUACUCCCAAAACGGAUCCUCAGGGAACCCCUGAGGCACAGCCACUGUUGCCACAAAACCAGAGCGAGGUGAGGAUGAUGAGCCAUCUAUGGUCCCCACCUAAUCAGGAGAUCUCUGUGUGAUCAGCUCAAGAAAUCCCGCGGAGAAACGACCGUAUAGGAUGCAGACCUCCGUGUUUCGCUGAACACAUCUGAAUCCCCAUCAUAAAGUGGAUGACCGCUGGUCGUAUAGCCAACUCGGCAGAUGACCGCCACCGAUCCGAGCCAAGCUCGUGAAGUUUAACAAGGGCCAGUCAUCGUCCAUUAUCCGUCCUAUACAACGCUGAAAAGCUCGAGAAUUCACGCGCAGCAGCAACAAGUACGGAGUGAUCCUAUUCACGAUGUUUCUCCAACGGAAAAUAUCUGAUGAUUCAUCAGUUGAUCGCAGAGCCCGUGCAUGUGUUUUUGUCAUUUAUAUCAAUGUCUUUCAGGUGGAAAGAAUAAAAUUUCGAGCUAUUUCAUGCUCAUGGAAUAUCAUAGGCUGAGUCGCACAUGGAAGGACAUAUUUGUUUAGCAGAAUAUAGAGACAAGAUGGACGCUUUUCGUUUGAGAAAAUAAUUAUAGUCUUCAGUGCAUUUUGGCUGCCAGAAAGAAUAACAUACUUAAUGGCGUUACAUUCGAAACAUGAAUGUUAGGACGCUUUAGAGUGCAUCUUUAAGUAAGUAAGUAAAAUGUCUAAAAAUGAGGAAUUUCAAUUAAAUUUAAAGCAAAAUUACCUAAACAGCGUUUCUCGCUCUGCAAUUGUAAACCAUUUUUGGUCAGAAAUAAAUGCGAUUACACUUGCUAUUUGAACAUGCAAUCAUCUAAACCUUAAGGGAUUACUGUUUCUUCAACCAUAUUGAGAAUUUUAUAGGAAGCUAUUUUUUAAACAUAAUUAUCACUUUUACUUCUUUUUCUUGCAGAAUACUCUAAUGCUUCCUCUAUUUUUAAGAAAGCAUAUUUGAUGUAAAGUAUUAUAAAGAAAAAUAAGAUCUAUUGACAGCAACAGGAAAUAUGUACUUAUUGGAGAAUUACGCAAUGCUAAAUAAAAUUAAUAUUUUAUAAAAUUUAAUGACAAUACUUUGUAACUGUUUUAAGUUUUCUAAUGUCGUGUUAAAAAUAGUAGAAUUGUUACAGAGAGGUUUUCAUAUUUUAGAUUUUCAGCUGAAAAUCAUUGAGCAAAAGAAAACAA